AUGGCAGCGUUCAUUGGGAACCUUGGAGAAUACAAGGAAGAACAAGAGGACUUUGAGUCGUACCUGGAGAGGUUUGAGCAGUGGAUUAUUGUAAAUGAAGUGGAUGAUGGCAAACAGGCCAACGUUUUUCUGUCCGUGAUUGGCGCUGAAGCUUACGGACUGUUAACGAACCUCUGUAUACCAGAUAAGCCUAGUAGCCUCUCAUAUGACGAACUGAGUGGGAAAUUAACAGCUCAUUACAAGCCAAAGCCGCUAAUUAUAGCUGAAUGGUUUAAAUUCCAAAAAAGGAACGAGCAAGAAAAUGAGUCUGUGUCAGAUUAUGCAGUGGCAUUAAAGCGCUUGUCCACACAUUGUGACUUUGGCCGUCAUUUAGACGAAGCACUGAGGGACAGAUUCGUCAGUGGGUUAAAGGUGGAGGCUAUUCAGAGAAAAUUGCUCACUGAACAGGAUUUGUCAUUUGCAAAAGCAUGUGAACUGGCUCUAUCGAUGGAAAUGGCAUCAAAGAAUACAAUGGAGUUUGCAAGUAACCUAAAAAGCCAUUCAACUGUGAAUAAGAUAGACAAAAAGAGAGAAACUAAAAGUGCCUGGCAAACCAACCCAGCAGGUAGCGGGUGGAAAAGUACAGUCAAAAGUGAACAUUCCAUCCCACAGAGAAAUAUGCACCAGCCCUCUUACCGAUGUGGUGGUAACAAUCAUGCAGCACAAGGAUGCAGAUUUAAAACAGAGACAUGCCGGAAGUGUUCAAGGGUGGGACACAUAGCAAGGAUGUGCAAAACAAAAAAAUGGUUGGGAAACACACAAUAUGUGGCUGAGACCAGCAGUCCAAAGGACACGGCAAGAAGUGAAGCUGAGGAGGAACUGUUCAUGAACACGGUGUAUUCCACUUAUACUUUGGGGAAGGGAAAAAAGGACAUUAAAGUAACUGUGAAAUUAGAAGAAACCCCUAUAGACAUGCAAGUUGACACAGGAGCGGCAGUAACACUGGUUCCAGAGAUAGUGUAUAAGAAACAUCUUUCUCAUCUGCCCCUGGAAGCAACGAAAGUGCGGCUGUCAACCUUUUCUGGUGAGAACAUACCCUUACUGGGUACAGUGACCGUUAAGGCUAAAUAUGAGAACCAGAGUGGUGUUUUCCCUCUGGUGAAAGUGAAAGGAAUAUUCUCAGUGUUACCAGUAGGGGGCAGUAAUGAUACAGAUGUAGAGACAGUGUUACAGAGACACACCGCCGUGUUUUCAGAGGAGCCGGGUACUAUCCGAAAGUUUAAGGCCUGCAUCACAGUAAAGCCCGAUACAAAACCAGUUUUCAGGAAGGCAAGACCAGUGUCAUAUGCACUGAAGGAGGCAGUCGAAAAGGAGUUAAACCGGUUAGAGAAAGCUGGUGUUAUCUCAAAGAUAGAACAUAGCCAGUGGGCUGCCCCAAUAGUAGUGGUGCCAAAAUCUGACAAGUCCAUCCGCAUUUGUGGUGACUAUAAGGUCACAGUAAAUCAGAGUGUGGAAGAGGGGAGCUAUCCGUUACCUACGGUUGAAGACCUUUUUGCCACUCUAGAUGGGGGCACUCUUUUCAGCAAAUUAGACCUGUCACAUGCCUACCAACAGCUGGUGCUCGAGAAAAACUCAGAGAAGUAUUUAGUUAUAAAUACUCACAAGGGGCUAUAUGCUUAUCAUAGACUAUCCUACGGUGUGUCUAGUGCACUCUCUAUGUUCCAGAAUGUGAUGGACCAGAUCCUACAAGGCUUGGAGCAUGUGACCUGUUUUCUGGAUGACAUACUUAUUACGGGAAGAACCAGAGAGGAACACCUGAGGAACUUAAAGGAGGUGCUGAGCCGUUUAGAGAACUAUGGGGUGAGAGUGAAAAGAGAAAAAUGUACUUUCAUGCAGGAGAAAGUGGAGUACCUGGGCCAUCUGAUUGACAGAGAAGGAUUACAUCCAACGGAGACAAAGGUAGCUGCCAUAGUAAAUGCACCCCAGCCCUCAAACGUCACAGAGCUACGGUCAUUUUUAGGGUUGUUAAACUACUAUGGCCAAUUCAUGAAAGACCUGUCAACCGUUCUACAACCGCUAUACAAACUUUUAAAGAAAGAAGUACACUGGGAAUGGACACCAGAGUGCACGACAGCAUUUAAUAAUGCAAAAGAACAACUAGUAAAGAGCUCAGUAGUGGUUCACUAUGACACCAAGAAACCCCUGAGACUAGCUUGCGACGCAUCCCCUUAUGGGAUAGGGGCGGUCAUGUCGCAUAUCAUGGAAAAUGGAGACGAGAAACCAAUCGCUUUUGCAUCACGUACCUUGACGGAGGCAGAAAGCAAAUACAGUCAGAUCGAGAAAGAGGCACCGGCCAUAAUAUUCGGCGUGACCAAAUUUCAUAAGUAUCUGUAUGGGAGAAAAUUCAGUUUAAUAACUGACCACAAACCACUCCUUUCCAUCCUGGGACCGAAGUCCAAAAUUCCCACUUUAGCUGCAUUGCGGAUGCAGCGAUGGGCGUUGAGACUGAUGGCGUAUGACUACAGUAUAGAGUACAGGACGUCGGCGGAGAAUGCAAACGCAGAUGCAUUGUCUAGACUUCCAAAAAAAGGAAGGGAUAAUACAGCAGAGGAGAACGGAAUUUUCUAUUUCUCAGUAGUAGACGAACUUCCUGUACAGGCUACUGAGAUUGCGCAAAACACCCUCAAAGAUCCCGUCCUGCGUAAAGUACUGGAGCUGACUCGGCUUGGUUGGCCCAACUACAUCAAAGACGAGACACUAAAACCAUACUUCACCCGAAGGAAUGAACUGUCAGUGGAACAAGGGUGCAUUCCAUGGGGAAUUCGAGUUAUCAUUCCACCAGCACACCGAGAACAACUACUGCACGACCUACACCAAGGACACCCUGGAGGAAGCAAAAUGAAAAACUUGGCCAGGAGCUACUUGUGGUGGCCUCAGCUGGAUAAAGACAUAGAACAUGCAGUACAACAAUGUAACGCGUGUCAAAGUGUGAGGAAACUUCCAGAACCAGCACCUCUACACUGCUGGCAGUGGCCUACCAGAGUGUGGCAGAGGAUACAUAUUGACUUCGCAGAGAAAGAGCAGCACAAUUUCCUUGUGUGA